GGCCUGCUCAUUAGAACUGAAUUUCAUUAAUCUACACGCCUGAUACUGGUAUCUCUCAUGCCGAAAAACCAUUUUGGAUAAUCAUACACUGGCAUGUUGCUUGAUGAUGCUCCUGUGGCCCAUUCUCCAUUUCAUCAUCCCAGCCAGGUUCUAGUGCCCCUCAAUCAGGCACCAACAUCGAUCGUCUGAAAGCAGUCCAACCCACCGGCCGAAGCAGCAGUACCAGGUAGUCGUCGUCAUAUUCAUAUGCCUGAUGCCAAGUUGGUUGGUACUCGAUGCAGUCCUGAGUACCAAUGCAUCGUGCGGCGACAAUUCCCGUCAGUAUCUGCCAUGACCUAGAAAUAGAUGCGCUUGCGAGAAGACCAUCCAUUGCCCUGCACAUUCUGCUGCUCAUUGACGGACAUCUUCAUGUCUUUGGCAAUCUUGAGUUCUUUUUGCUUUCGUGACUCGAUACGUGCGAGAACCUCAGGACCUGGAUUUUCGACCGACUCUGGAGUGGGUUUGGCCGUGCCGUUGAGCAAAGCCUCGUAUCUCUCGCGGCAGGCCUUGUGGGAGAAGUUGAUGACAGGCUGCGUAGGAAAACAGUGUAAGCAGAGCGAUCACACAAUUACCAGAUCAAACCUACCUUGGCAAGCUUCAUGCGAUCCGCGACAAUGCGCCACUUUCGGGCUUCUGCCUCUGCGAUGGCUCUCUCGGUCUCCUUCUCGGCUUUGGCAACGGCGUCGACCAAGACCUCGUCCUAGUUGGGUUAGUGGUCAAGCUUCUGCGGGUUAGGAAGGUUGCCUUACAUCGCCUUCGUGCCAGUCACUCAAGUCGGCGUCCAGAAGUUCGUCCUGUCUCUGCUGCAAUGCAUGCUUGAUGCGUCUCCAGCGAGUUCCAAUGGUCUUUGGAUUGUACGCAGUGCGACCUUGAUCGAUGAGAGCUUGUGCAAUGUCACGUUCCAAGAAACGAGCCUCUUUCAUGCGAACAAUGAGCUCAUCAUCCGAAUCCAAGUCGGCAGACACCUUCUUUGCAACAGCCGGACGACCACCAGGCAUCUUCAUGUGUUUGACAUCCGAGGCGACAGCAGGUUUGGCAGCCAGCUUGGUCUUGAGCUUGGACUUUUGUUUGCGACCCGACUUUGGCGUAGGGUUCUUUGAAUUCUCUGCAUCAUCCUCAUCAUCACCAUAUUCAUCCGCAUCAGAUUCGUGAAUAAUGACAGUAUCAUCGUCAUCGUCAUCCCAUGCUUGAUUGCUUGCGUCCAGUGGGUCUUUUGGACCACCAACGGGUGCGCCAAGAUCUGCAGAGGUCAGAGUGUGCUUGAAGAUCAUGAGAUGCUAGUGAGGCUUUGGGAGUCAUACCUUCUGGAAAGUAGUCCGGAUCAAGUUGCUGGUGUGCGAAGUAAGGGAGAGGAUGUUUGCUCUGACGAUAGACCACGGGUGGAGGACCGUUGCGGAAAGGGUAUUCAUACACUUCCUCCUCGUCGCCCGACUCGGAUGAAUGGGUCCUAGCCGCAGGUGGCACGGCCAGGUUUGGAGUGACCAGGCAUUCAGCCCGAAGCGCCAUGUUCACCAUGCUGGCGAGGGAAAAUGUGACUUUGAUCGAGUCUCAAGAUGCAGUUCUGCGAAGAGUAGUAACAAUGAAAAGGACCAAGAAGCACCAAGUUAUGGAUAGGUGGGAGAAAGAAGAGAAGCAGGGAGGAGAGCGUGAGAUCUGUUGUGGGUGAGAAGAAAGGUUGAGCAGAUCACGCAUGUGUAAACAAAUGGGUGCGAUGUGUGUUAGUGAGAGUGAAGUGAAGAUACUCGGUCACUUGCGCUACUCACUGUAUCCGCGACGACGAGAGUGACAACCCGGACGGAACCUCAUCGAACAAGGCUGCGACCUAAGUAUCACUUUUGCUCUUUACACCUUAUUCCUACUGUUCCUAGGUGCUGUAUCAUAGAAGAGACACUCUUCUCACUUGUGUACCUAGGUAUUCAGAACUGUCGCUUGGAAAUGCUCUUGUGGUGGAGGUAUCAUUUUCGAUGUCGAAUUGGAAGUGAGUAGUGUUGAGCACUCCCAACCUCAGAGAUUUGAUCAUCUUCAAGAGUCCGC